UCGCACACAAACAAAAAAAACAAACAAGUUUUCUUGUGUCGCCGACCCGGGAUCAGGCCAGAGCUGGAAGAAGAGGACGAUGCCGGAAUCCGAUUGGAGAGAAACACUUGCAAGGGUCCGUAAGGCAUCAAAGAGUCCCGCCGUCGUUAGCGCCCUGAAUGGCAUGACUCACUCAUACAACUUUUCACCCGAUCAUAUAGCACCAGCCGUCCCGGAUCAAAAUCUAACCGCCCAAGACAUGAACGAGAAAGCCAAGAUCUUGGAGGAAUUGCUAUCAGACCUGCUUCCUUCAAUCAAUGACCAACUCAACUCUCUAUUAUCCUCACUCGACCUAAUCGAUCUCGACAAGAGCCCAGAGCCUGACUAUGUUUCAACCCUGGAAAUCUUAUCAGUGCUUGAUCAGACUUUACAGAGUGUGGUAUCUUCAAUCGUCUUCCUCACUCUCAAUUCGCCUCUACCAGACGAGAAACACGAUCACGGCUUGAAGAACUUGAAGAUCUAUAGAUGCUCUCAUCUACGAAACAAAGUGGAGGCUUUGAUCGUAGACAUCAUCAGCAACAGGCUCUUCCCAACCUGCGCGAGCUUCGUCGAAUUCAGCGCACUGUCAACCGUUUGCACCCAACACCAUGGGGUUUGGAAUGAGGUGUCCAGAACCAGGGAAGAGAUUCACAUGAUUGUGACUGACGCCCAACGUACAAUCAAGAAGACGAUCAAUUGGGCCCGCAAGUUUGACUGGGCCAUGAUCCAGGAAGCUUGGCUACUGUCAUCCGAUCUUUUUGAUAUCAUCCUUGAGCUCUUCACCAGGGCAAUCAACCCCGCAAGUCGAUCGAUACCCGAAGAUGAUCCGACUACUACUAACAAUCUCAACAACGAAAACGCUGCGAUAGAACUACUGGCUCAACUGGCUAAAUCAACCAUACCGCUCCUCAAAUUAGGAAGGAUCUUGGUAAAGAGGACCUUGGAAUGGAUUUCGAAGAAUCUAGUAUUUCGGAUCAACACGGAGGUCAACUCAGAGGCUUUAGAGCAGCUACGCAAAGUCUAUAAAUUGAUUAUUGUGCCUCUUGAAGACCUUGGCCAGCUCUUGGGGAUUCUUCAACUCAGAAAUCGAGCGAUCAAUGUUGAAAAUCAACCUAACAUUCAAAGAUCAGUUCUCAAUUUGACGGAAGCGAUGAAUUCUUGCCUAGCCGUUCUAGAUUCCUAUCUGCUUCCUUUUCUGGACGAAGACAAGGGUGAUUCAGACAAGCCUCACUUCGAGUCCUUGUUUCCUACUCUUCGAAACUUAUGGGACAAGGCUAGUGCUAAUUUGAUGGGUGUGGUCUUGUCCUUUGAGUUUGAACGGAUCGCAAUUGGAGUAUGAGAGCUAGUCAUUAUCAGCAAAUUUUAUCAAUACAGUUACCACAUCAUUUUUGCAUUAGCCUAAAUGACUCCCAAUAUGCUUGCUGCUCCCACCCUUUGUUGUUGCAAAACCUGUCUACUGCUCUUGUACUCCACAUGAAAAAAAUGACAUGUCUUGGUUGUAUGGACUGUUGUUGU